UCUGUACAAAUCACCGUUAAUCAGACCCUGGCCCUGGGUGUGUUUUCUCCUUGCAGCCAGACGCCACGAUGACCAGGUGGGCUCCGUGGGUGCUGACGGUCCUCACGUCGGCCAGGGUUCUGGCUGUCCCAGUGACCCCUUCCCCAGCUUCCCAGAUCCUUCCUCAGAACUGUUCUCAGACCACUCCUUGUCCUGUGGCCUCAGUGAGGCCCUCAGCGCCCACCAUCUUACUGGACCAGGCCCAGACCAGGGCUGCCAGGGAGCAGGCUGCUGCCAAUGCCCACAUCCUGGCCCAUGUUGGCCGACGUUGAGGAAGGGGUCACGAAAGCUGGGCCGACCUCGGAUGGGAAGGCCUAAAGGAAGGCGACAGCGGGACGGUGCUACACCUGGGAAGAACGUGCCGAGAUGCUGCUUCAGGAGCCUCCUGCCACGUGGUGCCGUGUCUCACUGGAGUGCUCCUCCGAGGGGGCAUCUGCCUGGCCUGGACCUCGCUUUGUCGAACCACUGCCGUGUGCGGCCCCACGAAGCCGUGGGCACCUGGGACUGACAGUAUGUCUGCACCUCUUGACAGCACCACACCGGGGCACUGCCCUGGGGAACCUUGCGUGUCGGGCGCCCCACAGCCCCCAGACGUCCGUGCACUGGCACACUUGGUCACAGUUGUGUUCCCUUCAUGAGCUGAGACGCGGGAGCCCCGUCUGGCUAAUCUGGCUCCCCACGCCGCGCAGAGAGAAGGCUGCUGCCGGCCGCCUGCGUGUUUUGUGCACAGGGAUGGAAAGCCUGGCCUCGCCCCGUGGAUAUGUGUGCGGCCCGUUACAAGUUUCUGACAGCUGUGUGCGUGAGCAGUGUGUGCUCCUGCUCUAACCCUGAGCGAAGUGCACACAACACACAGCUGCCCCUGUCCUGCCCUCAGCCCCGCACACCCAGCCUGCACACGCGUGGCUCAGAGGAGAGGGAAUUCCUUACCCAACUCUCCCCUUUCCACACUCAAAUGUCCUGAGCAAAGGUGCCACCUUCCUGA